AUGUCAGACGAGGAAGGCACUUUAAGCUCACCCACAACCAACGCCUCGGAGUUAAAGCUUCCUCAUUUCUGGCCCCAAAACCCCAGGGUGUGGUUCAGCCAAAUCGAGGCCCACUUCGAACUUCGACGCAUCACAUCGCAGCAGUCGAAAUACCUGCACGUCGUUUCAGCACUGCCACCUGACAUCGCUGACGCCCUAGACGAUGUGCUCGCCUCCACUCCAUCGGAGAAGCCCUAUGACGAACUAAAAAGCACCAUCCUGAAACGCCUUGAGGUGUCCGAACAAAGCAGGCUGCAACAACUCCUGUCUCAUGAAGAGCUCGGUGACCAACGUCCCUCACUACUCCACCGAAUGCGUCAGCUGCUGGGCCAACAAGUGUCAGAGGAGCGUCGACAUCCAUUGCUUCGCGAGUUGUUUUUGCAGAGACUGCCACUCUCAACACAGAUGAUACUCGCUGGCUCGGAUGACGUGACUCUCGAACGUCUGGGUCAACUCGCCGACCGCAUCACCGACUGCACUGAGCCACCAAAAAUGUCUAUUGCCGCAAUGGGAAGGUACGAACAUGCAGACCAGUUAGGUCGCUUAGAAGACAGAGUUGACCGACUGGCUGCAGCAGUUGAAAACCUCGCCCUGUCCAACAAACACCGGCCGGCACGGCAUCGUUCGCCGUCCCGUACUCGAAGCCCACAGCACCGCGGACACUCAAGCGAGGCAGAGCAGAACAUCUGCUGGUACCACCGUCGUUUUAGAGAGCAAGCCACUCGCUGCACCCAUUCAUGCUCGUGGACGGGAAACGCACCGGCCAGUCGCUUACGGCGGAAAGCGACACGGGCCAUCGUAGAAGCCACCUCUUCUUCGUUGUCGACCGCAUCACCGGCACACGCCUCCUUGUCGAUACCGGAGCGGAGCUAUCUAUCCUACCAGCAGCAGCUCAACAUCACCGGGGCGGCAAGUCCAUUUCGAGCCUAA